ACUCUGCCACAACACAGACAGUCUGCGUCCAGUCGCGGGCAGGGACAGACCCCGGAGUGCGUACUUCCUCGGUCAGAACCUUCCUCCACUCGUGCUUCCUCACAUCUAUCUUCUUUUUUUUUUUUGAGUUGCCACUCGCCCUCUUCCUCUUCCCCACGAACUCGACACGGAGAGUUCCUCAUUUUCCCGCGGAAAGGAGCUGGCGCUCUGGUGUACCGGGAAAUACAAGUCGUGUUAAAAAGACAUCGAUUGGAAAACAGUGGAUAAUAUAUCCCCAUCAGCGACGCGGGUUGAGGAAGCCAAGGAACUGAAAACCUUUACGUGGUGUCAGUACGCGACUCACCACAGCACGUUGUCUGCGGGGACUAUUCGCUUCGAGUUACUUAUAGAUAAGGUCGUGAGGUGUGAGGUUGGACACGAUGGGAGCGAUGUGGAGUCUUCUGUGGGGUUGGUGGACUGCCGGGACUCAGGUGAGCAGCGUCCAGUACGCAGAGGACGGUGACCUGGGACCUGAGAGCGAUGUGGCUGACCCGACUACAGGCUUGACCUUGCGCCAUCGAACUGCUAUGGUCCGGACGUGGGAUAUGGUUCGACCUGAUAUGAAAAUGCACGGCAUCAAUUUUUUCAUAGAGCUCUUCCGCACUGAGCCUGAACUACAGACCAGGUUUAAGGGUUUCGCCAACAAGACAGAAGAGGAACUGAAGACGAAUAAACGCCUUGCUGCUCACGCGUCCACGGUGAUGUUGGCAAUCACUGGCCUCGUCGAUAACCUGGACGAUGUGACCUGCUUGGUGGAAAUGCUGAAUUCCACGGCCGCCAACCACAAGAGGAGAGGCGUUCCCGUGAAGGACUUCGAGCUGCUGGCGCCCGUGCUGGUGAAAUUCCUGAGGGACAGCUUAGGCUCCGCGUGGACUCCUGUGGCCGAAGAAGCGUGGGUUCAGGCGCUGAAGGUUAUUAACUCCGUCAUCUCCAGCACUUAUAACAGCUCGUAGGAGUCGGGGGCGAAGGAGAGGGAAUAAAGGAGAGGGAAGGAAGGAAGGGAGAAAGGAAAGGGUUAAUGAAAAGAAAAGGUAAAGAAAUGAAUGGGUUGGAGAAAGAAAAGAAAAGAAAAGAUGAUAAUUCGAAGGUGAAAGAAAGUGAGAACGUAAAAUAAACAAAGGGAUAAAAGAGAGAAAGAUAAGAGAAGAAAGAAAAGGUUAAAGAAAGUAAGAAAGGAAAAGAAAAAUAAAGAACGGAAAAAGGUAAAUAAAAACUGAAGGAGGGAUGACUACGAGGAAUUUGGGGGAAAGGGAAAGGGAGAGAAGGGGGAGAGGAGGAUGGAGAAAGGGAGAGAGAAGGAAAAAAAUAGAUAAAAAGAGAGAAGGAGAGGUGAAAGAAAGGGAGGAGGGUAGUAAGGAAAGGUGAAACUCACUUUGUCUUAUUUUAUUUUAACACAUUGUUUUGUAUUAUAAACUGGAGAGUUUAUUUGCAUAGACUGAAAGAACGUCGUCAGUAAAGGCAGUAAUUAUUCUAUGGAAAGAGUAGCAGGAGGAAGGAAGGAAGGGAAAGGGAGAAGGAAGAGAGAAAGGAAGCGAAGGGGAACAAGAGUAGAAGAAGAAAAAGAAAAAAAGGAAAAAGCAACAAGAGGAAGAGAUGAAAACGUUCUUCAAAUGAUGUUUGUUUUGGCCAUAAUCGUGUGUGUUAAAACAAGGCCCAGCUUCGAGACUAAGAUUUUGGUGUAAAUCAAUGACGUAAAACUUGGAUGUAAUUAUAUAUUGAGCUGUUGUAUUUCUAAUAAGUAGAGAGACAAAAAAAAAAAAGACAAAAUUCACCGACGUUUUGAAGGCGAAUUUUUCUAGCACAGAUUGUACAUAUGUCUUUAGCGUAGAUUAAUCACUUUCACGUUUUGUUUCACGUUUUGCCAUGCCAUUUAUUUUUCAAGAUAAACAGAUUAUCAAAGCUUGUU